AUGUGCCAGGCAUUGUGCUUGACAUUGAGACGCCGGCUGGGCCCGCACGUCUGCCUCUCGGGCCUUGGGAGUGGCUGCUGCCCUGGCUGGGCACCCUCCAUGGGCAGUGGGCACUGCACCCUUCCCCUCUGCUCCUUUGGCUGCGGGAGUGGCAUCUGCAUUGCUCCCAACGUCUGCUCCUGCCAGGACGGAGAGCAAGGGGCCACCUGCCCAGAAGCCCAUGGCCCCUGUGGAGAGUAUGGCUGUGACCUGACCUGUAACCACGGCGGCUGUCAGGAGGUGGCCCGGGUGUGCCCCGUGGGCUUCACCAUGACAGAGACAGCUGUCGGCAUCAGGUGUACAGACAUUGACGAAUGCUUAAGCUCGUCCUGCGAGGGCCAGUGCGUGAACACGGAAGGCGGGUUUGUGUGUGAGUGUGGGCCCGGCAUGCAGCUCUCCGCUGACCGCCACAGCUGCCAAGACACUGACGAAUGCCUGGGGACCCCCUGUCAGCAGAGAUGUAGAAACAGCAUCGGCAGCUACCGGUGUUCCUGUAGACCGGGCUUCCAUCUCCAUGGCAACCGGCACUCCUGUGUAGAUGUAAACGAGUGUCGGAGGCCUCAGGAGAGGCGAGUCUGUCACCAUUCCUGCCGCAACACCGUGGGCAGCUUCCUGUGCACAUGCCGACCUGGCUUUAGGCUCCGAGCUGACCGCGUGUCCUGUGAAGCUUUCCCGAAAGCCGUGCUGGCCCCCUCGGCCAUCCUGCAGCCCCUGCAGCACCCGCCCAAGAUGUUACUGCUGCUCCCAGAGGCGGGCCGGCCUGCCCUCUCCCCCGGACACAGCCCUCCUUCCGGGGCUCCGGGGCCCCCAGCUGGCGUCAGCACCACCAGCCUGCAGUCUCCCACCGCUGCACCACCCACUUGGCCACCGGCCACCCUGCUUGCCACUCCCAUGCCCAGUGCCUCCCUCCUGGGGACCCUGGGACCUCCCUCGAAACUACAGGAGGUGACCCCAACCUUGCCCAGGGGCCCAGCAGCCACGCGGCUGGCACCAGGGUCCUCUCCCUGUUGGCACCUGGGAGCCAGGUAUGAGUCAGGAAGCCGCUGGACAGAGGCUGGGUGUUCCCAGUGCUGGUGCCAGAACGGGGAGGUGACCUGUGAAAAGGUGACAUGUGAAGCUGCUUGCUCCCACCCGAUUCCCUCCGAAGAGGGGGGCUGCUGCCCGUCAUGCACAGGCUGUUUUCACAGCGGCGUCAUCCGGGCCGAAGGGGACGUGUUUUCACCUGCCAACGAGAACUGCACUGUUUGUGUCUGCCUGGCUGGAAAUGUGUCCUGCAUCUCCCCCGAGUGUCCCCCCGGGCCCUGUCACACCUCCCUGAAGUCAGAUUGUUGUACUUGUGUUCCAGUGAGGUGCUAUUUCCACGGCCGGUGGUAUGCAGACGGAGCUGUGUUCAGUGUGGGCGGUGACGAGUGCACCACGUGUGUCUGCCAGAACGGGGAGGUGGAAUGUUCCUUCACACCGUGUCCGGAGUUGGAUUGUCCCCGGGAGGAGUGGUGGCUGGGCCCUGGGCAGUGCUGUUUCACCUGCCGGGAGCCCACACCCAUGACAGGCUGCUCUCUGGACGACAACGGGGUGGAGUUUCCGAUCGGACAGAUCUGGUCUCCCGGUGACCCCUGUGAGUUAUGCAUCUGCCAGGCAGACGGCUCAGUGAGCUGCAAGAGAACAGACUGCGUAGACUCCUGCCCUCACCCAAUUCAGAUCCCUGGACAGUGCUGUCCGGACUGUUCCGCAGGCUGCACUUACACAGGCAGAAUCUUCUAUAACAACCAGACCUUCCCAUCCGUGCUGGACCCGUGUCUGAGCUGCAUCUGCCUGCUGGGCUCGGUGGCCUGCUCCCCCGUGGACUGUCCCAUCACCUGCACCUACCCUUUCCACCCUGACGGGGAGUGCUGCCCAGUCUGCAGAGAUUGCAACUACGAGGGAAGGAAGGUGGUGAAUGGCCAGGUGUUCACCUUGGAUGAGGAGCCCUGUACCCAGUGCACGUGCCAGCUGGGGGAGGUGAGCUGCGAGAAGGUGCCCUGCCAGCGGGCCUGCUCGGACCCCUCCACGCCCCCUGGGGACUGCUGUCCCUCCUGUGCAGAUUCCCUGGAAAGAAAAGCCGUGGAGUUCAGCAAAGCAGCUCGGAGCCCCCGUGGGGAUGCCGAGGCCCUGGUCAACUGCAGCUCGUGCCCGGGCCCCCCAGCAGCGGUGCCUCAGAGGCCGGUGCUCCCUGUUCUCCGGCUCCUCCUCAGAACAAACCUGACUACCGUGCAGACUCCACCCACGAGUCCCUCAGGAGCCCGGGCCACCCCCUUCCCCCGCUUGGGGCCCGGGGGCACAUUCCCAGGGGAGCCGGGGGCCCCCCAACCCUCACCAGGGCCUCUGCUCCUUCCAGGAGCCUCCACUCUACCUCCAGCCGCUCCGGGAGCUCCUGGGCCGCGUCCUGUGACUCCAGAGUCCCCGUCCCCACCUGGAGCGCAGAUGGCAACCAGACGGCCUUCUCCGCCUGCCACUGUCCUGACCCAAACAUUGGCCCAUUCUACCACCAGGCCCUCGGAGGCCUCUGCCAGCCUCCUCAGGCCUCAUCGACUCUCUCCCGCCACCUCCGGACUCUCUGCAGCCCUGGCGGCCACGGCCAGUGCCAGCCCCUGGCGCACGGCGACCUCACUGGAGGAGGAGGCCACCAGCUAAGCAGGCCUCCGCUGCAGGGCCCUGCCUGGGAGACUCUGGACACAGACGGCUCUGCCACUGGCUCUGGGGCAAAUGAGGUUGGUGGCGCCAGCGGCUUGCUUCUGCAGGGCUCCUGGGAGGAUGGAAAUCCCCAGGGCCCAGGGCAGCCUCAUCCCCAAGAAGCAUUUGGAAUGUGCUGGGUGAAGAGGCAAACGGCAUUCUCCAUGGUCGGCACCCUCCUCGGACACCAUGGCCCGCCUGUCUUGUGAGGGAGGCCGGGGCUGCUGAGCUCUGGGCUCUGGAGGAGGAGAGUCAGAUAGGGCUGGGGACACGUGUCACUGUCCCUCCUCCGAGGUUUCCUGAUUAAAGGCUGUGUCAGUCUCCCCCCA